UGGUAGAGGACCCUACUGUCAGACCUUCCAUGCAAGCAGCCAAUGUUGCCCAUUGCGCCUCGAUGAAACCGAUGAGACACGUGAAGAUGAAAAGCAAAGAGCUCUGACAAGAUCAUGAAGGACGGUGACUUCGCCACGACAUCAGAUUCAGAUGAGGCUUUUGGAACGAGAUUUUCCCCCGAUUGGCCAACAGCAGCUGCCGAACUUGUACUUCUGGUGCUGCUUGUUCUGGGAGUGCUCCUUUUGUUUGCAGGUUUGGGAUUCUGGACUGUGCACCCACCAGGCGAGUCAGAACUCUGCCAGGUCGAGACACUAGGCCUCCAAAACCUCACAGUGUCGCGGCAGAGAUCUGACCUGGCAGCCUGCCAUACACUAUACGCUGUGGCAUUUCGUGCAUUAGGAGCAAUUUCGAUGCCAUUCCUCUUGUGUGGUACCAUGGCACUUUUGGUUGCAGCUGUGAUGUUAAAGGGGCUGAAACGGCCAAAGCCUGAUUUCCGGAGGAGCUUGAUGUGUGUUGCACUGUUGGAAGUACUUGGAGCUGUCAUUGUGUGGCUUCCAUCUUGGUUGUUUCCAAGCAUCUCCCUUGCCGUUGCAGCUGGCCUAGCGCCGAUCCAUGCCUAUUUCAUCAGCAUUACGGUUGGACAUCUUGCCAUAUCUGUCUCUGGGGCAGAAUCUGGAGCUUCAGCAACAAGCAAAGCCGCACAUAUCUACGAAGUACUGUAUCAAGGAUACUGUGCUGCUAGCCGCGUGGAGCUAUGCUUGUCCGUUGGAAGCAUAUCGCUGCUGCUCCUCUUCUGGUGCUUUGUCCUGGAUGUGUUUCGGAUCAUUGCAUCUGUCAGCUGCUGGCAGCCCAAAUUAGAUGUUCAAGGUUCUCAGCUGUGGCAAAUGUUUCAGCAAUGGCGCGAGAGGUAAAAGCAGUCCGUUCCAAAGGAUGGUGUUUUGAACUGGUGAGGCAGUUGUGUUUUGAAUCAGUAAGAGGUUCCAUUGAAGGCAUUCAGGUCGCUGCAUAGUUCUGUUGCUUGCCUUGCAUCGAUCUCUGUGAUGAUGCAACUGUUGUCCAAAGACCAGAUGGAGUUUUGCCCAGGUGGCUACUGUGAGUGGAUAAGCAACGGCAGCGUUUGCCCGC